AUGGACAGACAGGGAAGCCAAAGUUCCAUGCAUUGUAUCACAGUAAAGGAAAUUUCAGCUCCACCCAUCAUCGAUGUCUUGAAAGCUCUGGAAUCAGACUUCAAUGAAAGAACUUGUGAAGAGAAAUAUGUGUCUCAAGAUGAUGUUCAUUUCAUACAGUUCCUCAACAGUAACAUCAGACAGAAGGAGGACAGUCACUUGGAGAUGCCCCUCCUUUUCAAGACCAAUAGUCUGCCUUGGCUACCAAACAAUAAGAAACUUGCCAUUGCUUGUCUUCAGUGCCUGAAGAGGAAGUUGAAGGCCAGUAAACAGUACUAUGACCAUUACAGAACACUUAUGGAGGAAAUGAUCAGUAAAGGUCGGGAGCGGCACGGAGACGGGUCUCGAGAAUGGGAUGCACAUCUGUACCAGCAGCAGCAAGCAGAAAGGGAGCAGCACAAUGAGCAUUGCCGAGAAAACCGUCAGAGGCAGGAGGCAAGAGAUGGAAAUGAGACACAUGCAAUUGGUGGUGGAGAGGAAGAGGAGACAGCCCCUGCUGCUGAGAAAGAGAAGCCCAGCUUUGAACUCUCAGGUGCUCUGGUGGAAGAUACCAACACGUACAGAGGGGUGGUUAUUAAGUAUAAUGAGCCUCCUGAGGCCAGAAUCCCUAAAAGGAGGUGGAGGUUGUACCCCUUCAAAAAUGAUGAUCCACUUCCGGUGAUGUACAUCCACAGGCAGAGUGCUUAUCUGCUUGGAAGGCAAAGGAGGAUAGCUGACAUACCAACUGAUCACCCAUCCUGUUCCAAGCAGCAUGCUGUAUUCCAAUACAGGUUCUUGGAGUUCACACGAGCAGACGGUGCCACAGGCAAGAGAGUGAGGCCCUGCAUUAUUGGCCUCGGUUCAAGUAACGGCACGUAACUGAACCAUCAACGUAUAGAACCACAG